GAAUCUUAUUGGACUAGCCAAAAUCAGUGGGCGGGUCUACUUCGCUGGGCUUUUUGUUUUUAAUAUCAGCUGUUCGUCGUGAUCUAAACUGCGGUGCUGUGUUUUUUUGUGUAAUAAAAGCAUAAAUUACAAAAAGAAAAGAACAAAUAUUCCGCAUCUACCUCGGAUUAUACAACCAAAGAUUAAUUUAAUGCGAAUUAGACCUACAAGGUCAAACUGCUGAGUUCUGCUCUUCAUAUCUGCCUGAGAGGAGAAGUUUAUACCAACCAAGCUCACCAUCAAUUAUUCAGUACAAUCACAAGUAAAUUAUAACCAUGUUUCAACGGCUCACGAAUCUGCUGUUCGGAAGCGUGAAUGAAACAACUCAGGAACCAACUGUACCAAAACCAGCAUCCCCAGAAGUGGACGAAGAGGGCUGGCUAUUGGUUAACGCAGCUGAUGGAGAGUCAUCUGAAACCGGCGAGCUGCAGUUCAAGUUAAUAGGAAGCCUGUCAAACACUGAGAUUUGUGCUGCCAGCUUGGUCAGCGAGGCGAGCAUCGCUGAACCAGAAGUCCCAGUAGCCCGAAGCAGUGGUCGAGUCUCUCAGCGACUGGUCUCUCAGGCUGGAGCUCUGGUCAAAGUCACACAGAUGGGCAGAAUACAGCGGGCGCAGGCUCGUGCCAACCGCCACAGUCUCGGCCGUAACUGCAUUCAGCGGCAGAACAACAUCCGUCAGCGUCUUCCACAACACUUCUCUCGCAAACACCGCAUGGUCCUUCACCAGCCUGGCCGAUGCAACUUUAAUCAUUAAGAUGCAACGAGUACGCAAACGAACAACCAACAUGCAAGUACCUUGGUUCAAAGUUAAAGCUUGAUAUGAAAUAUUUGAACCAAUUUAUACUUACAUCUAGGGUAUAAUAAAUAAAUCUUGUGGCAGCUGACAUUAUGCCUCCAAAAACUGUUUCUUUUACAUACUAGUGUGCUAGACUGUCAUGCAGCAAUAAAAUGAAGCAAAGGA